AUGUCUCGUAAAGAUUUGACGUUGGUUGAAAAAAUUUCCAUUUUGGACAAAAUUAAGGCUCAACCUCAUAGUCUUCGUGAGUUAGAGAAAUGAAUAGGCACGUCUAAAUCGGUACUAAGCCGAUUGAAAAAUAAUGAAAAAGCUAUUCGUGAACAAUGGGAAAAAUUAAACGACAGCAAUAGUGCACCUAUAAACAGAAAAAAAAGCGGGAAGGCAAAGAUCCCGAAGUAGACAAAGCUAUGAACGAAUGGUUUUUGUGCUGUUACAGAACAUGGUGUUCAUAUUUCGGGCCCCAUGUUACAGCAGAAAGCUGAAAUUUUUGUUGAAAAAANAAGGCUCAACCUCAUAGUCUUCGUGAGUUAGAGAAAUUAAUAGGCACGUCUAAAUCGGUACUAAGCCGAUUGAAAAAUAAUGAAAAAGCUAUUCGUGAACAAUGGGAAAAAUUAAACGGACAGCAAUAGUGCACCUGUAAACAAAAAAAGAAAGCGGGAAGGCAAAGAUCCCGAAGUAGACAAAGCUAUGAACGAAUGGUUUUCUGCUGUUACAGAACGUGGUGUUCGUAUUUCGGGCCCCAUGUUACAGCAGAAAGCUGAAUAUUUUGCUGAAAAAAUUGGACAUGGUAAUUUUAAGGCCACAGAAGGUUGGAUGAGUCGUUGGAAGGAUCGGAAUAAUAUUAAAUUCAAACGAUUUCACGGAGAUAAAUCAAGUGCUGAUUCAAACGGAGCUGAUGAAUGGUCUUUAACUAAAUUACCGGAAAGUUCUAAAAUAAAUAUUUUACAAGCUAUACAAUUUGUCGCUGACAGCUGGAGAAAAGUGUCAUCUGUUACGAUUCAGCAUUGUUUUGCACAUUGCGGUUUCAGAACACUCAUUGAUCUACCUAUUCCUUCUUUUGUUUCUAUUGAAAAUAAUGUAGCACAAUGCGUAGGAUGGGAAGUUAUUUUUAAAAAUUGAUGAUGGUGUGCAGUGCUUGAGAAUGAAAAUGAGAAUUACGGUAAUAUUCUUGACGAAAUUGCUGAGAGAAGUCUGCAAAAUGAAGAAAGUGAUGAAAAUGACGACGUUCAACCCGUCAAAAUUACAACAAGAGAAUCAGAAAAGUGCAUUGAUCAGCUGAGUCUAUAUUUCAUGCGAAAUAGANUAGGAAAUGGGGAGUUAUUUUUAAAAAUUGAUGAUGGUGUGCAGUGCUUCAAUGAAAAUGAGAAUUACGAUAAUAUUCUUGACGAAAUUGCUGAGAGAAGUCUGUAAAAUGAAGAAAGUGAUGAAAAUAACGACGUUCAACCCGUCAAAAUUACAACAAGAGAAGCAGAAAAGUGCAUUGAUCAGCUGAGACUAUAUUUCAUGUAAAAUGGAAACGAAAAUGUCCCAACAACUUCACUAGAUGUUUGUGCAGAUUUUAUCAAUAAAGAAAGUCUUGAUAAAUUACAGCAAAGAAGAAUGAACGAUUUUCUGCAGCCUAAUAAAAUAUGAAUUAAGUAUGUACAUAAUGUAUUAAAUAAAUUUACGAUAUAAUUAUACUAAAUAGUAAAUAUAAUGUACAAC